AUGGUAAAUUGUAAAAACAUUGCAUUAGGAGUUCAUGUGAUAUUCAAUGAAUAAGAUGUUUUUGAUAUUUAAGCAGAUAUCGAAGGUCCAGUUGAUACUCCAUUUUAAGGAGGAGUUUUUAGAUGCAAAUUAAUUUUACCACCCCAAUUCCCAUAAAUUGCUCCUAAAGGCUUAUUCAAUACCAAAAUAUUUCAUCCAAAUGUCUCAGAAAAGGGAGAAAUCUGCGUAAAUACACUAAAGAAAGAUUGGAAUCCUCUUCAAUGGUCGUUAAAGAAUAUUUUUGAAGUGAUUAAAUGUCUAUUGAUUGUUCCAUUCCCUGAGAGCUCACUAAAUGAAGAAGCAGGCAAACUCUUCAUGGAAAACUAUGAUGAAUAUUUUAAAAGAGCAAAAUUACUUACAGGCAUUUAUGCUAUAAAAUAAGAUGGAAAUGUCUUAAAAGGAAAUAAUUAAAAUGUGAAUGAUGAUGCUGAAAAGAAAAACAAAUUGACACAAAUUCAACAGAAAAAGGAAAACGAUUAAAAGAAAUGGCUGAAAAGAAUUUGA